GCAUCUAUUUGCCCCAGUGCGCUGAGCACGCUUUCACCCGGCCCGGUGGACUUCCGCGGGCAAUGAGAUGCUGCGCGGCCUGCCUGUGGUGCGGGACAGCCACGUCUCAGAGGAUGAGGAGACGACCACUUUGCUGCAGCUGCCGUGGACCUAUCGACUCGAUGCCGGAGACUUCCUUCCCGUCACCUCGGCGGAGCUGGUGCAUUGCCUCCGGCGAAGCCUUGGUCAAAGCGUGAUGUUCCUGGCCGAGCGAGGUGAGCGAGCGUCAGGUUCGCGGUCGCAAAGCCCCGGCCUGAGAAGUGCUGCUGUUGCUGGACUUACCAGGAACGCAUCUUCGGCUGCUUGCAGCUCGGCAGGCUCCCCGCGGCUGGCUCGACACCUGGGCCAGCGCUUGCGCCAAGGUGUUGCUCGGAGCAGCACGGAGUCCCUUCCUAGACCGCCUCCAUCCUCGCCGCACUUCCGGCACCAGCCCUGGAGUGCCAGAGAGGUGAAAUCUCCCCGAGGUGAGACAAAGCUCUCCCCCAGAUUCGCAUCGCCAGAGCCUGGCCGCCGGAUCACCGUGGCCGGCGCUGUGCGGGGGAGAUCGCCCAAGGGUCGAUCGCCCAAGUCGUCCCCUUCUCCGGACACGUCGCGAUCACCCAGUGGAGGAAGGGAGGAUGCCAACGACUGGCAGAAGCGCAUCAGACGCUUGGGGCGUUGGAGUCGGCCCUACAACAGCCCCCGCGCCGCCUCGCCCUUCAACCCGCACACGGACUUCGACGUUCACGUGGAAUUGCCUCCCAGCCAGUGGCAGAGAUUUGAAGCCCGGGUUGGUGUGGCGGACGAAUCGGCACGCUGGCCCUCCCACUGCCGAGCAAGGUUUCAGCUAAUCGACGAGGAUGCCCAGACCUUGCUUUGGGAGUCCUCCGAGACCUUGGAGCCCUGGGCACCCCCGGAGCUGUGUUCCGUGCCGCUACAUGGCCCUCCAGAGGCGAGGCAACGUCACCUAUGUCUGAGAGUGCAGUGCAACGCACCACCCGAUGGCGCACUCUGGAUCGAGCCAGUGGUCACCUGCCGAAGGCGCCCCAAGGCCGUGGUGCUUCCUUGGGAUGAGCUCUUGGCCGGCGAGCUACUGCUGGAGGUGAUAUCACGGCUUCGGUGUCGCGAUGCUGCGCGUCUGCUUGCAUCGUGCCGCGUCACCUUGGCAUCACAGCAGCCAGCCUGGCACAUCGUCUUUGCCCACUGCUUCCGGCAGGCGUACAUGCGGUACUACUUUGGGCCUCUGAGUAAGCAGCCCACGGGGACAGGCAUCCAGUGGGUUGGAGAUACCAGCUCCGCCUAUGUCGGUGUGGCUUCAGGAAUGACAAGGUUUCGACCACGGCUGCACACACGGAUUGGUCCGGAGCGCCGCGCCACGCCACUGUCAGGCCGCAGCUCGCAAAACCUGUCCACCUCGUGGACAGGCCGCGUUGCCGGGGCUCUGCUGCCUCACUGGGCCACGGAGGCCUUCGACUGGCGCCAGAUUUGCAAAAGGUUCUACCUGGCACAGCUGCUGUGUGCGAACGUGAACUUUCAGCUUUUCAACUGCAGCACCCCGCAGGGAUUCGUGAAAGAUUCCGGCGAGACGCUUCACGUGGCCCGCGCUUCCCAGGGCCACGCGAACUUCCGUUUCGGCUGGAAUCUUCCCUUGGCGGCGGUUCACUUCCACUCACAGCCCACGGCUGUAGUGGCGCACCACCGCUCACCCUUGGGUGUGGCAGGAGUGCCUCCCAGCGUGGCGACCGUCCGUGGCACCGCAGGCCCGGAGCCAAUGGCAUGGACGCCAGUUGUCUCGGAGAAGGACUCCGCGGUGAUUUUGCCCAUGGCGCUACCUGGGCAGGUAAAGCUGCAGUGGACGUUGGAGGUGGAUCCAGGAAGGUAUUUGGUGGUGGUCACCGUGGGCGAUCGGCAUGUUGGUUUCGCAGCGCACUUGGAGGUUGGAGGCUUCCCCAUCUUCUCCGGCGAAUGGGUUGAGGCCGGCAGUUUCAAGUCCCGGUGUCUCGUCUACGAGACGCGCUACGGUGCCAUCACCGUUGGACAGCACACCUCCAAAGCAUGGGCUUCAGGCUUGCACAGGGAUGAGUACUGGUCAAAGCUUCCAGCAUCUGCAUCCGAGGGCCUGAUUGAGACCCUGGCUCCAAGUGGUGACUCACCACCCACCAGCUCGCCUCGCUCCCCCCGCUCGUCGCUGGGACCUCGUUCUGCUGCCACUGUGGAUGCCCUUGCCAAAGGCACGCGGCUAGUUUCCAUCCGAGCAGCGGCUGUUUGCCUGGCGCGGGAGGUCGAGAGAGAGCGCAAAGCGACCUUGGCUGAUCUAAGUGCCAAGAUUGCCGAUGCGCAAGCUCGCGCGGACGCGAUCCGCCAGGCGCCGGACAUGGUGAUCGGGGCGCAGGCAGAAAGAGAGCUGCAUCGAGCACACGCUAAGCUCGCGGAGCUACAGGCUCAGAAAGCGCUGAAGUUGUUUUCUUUGCUUGCAACAUCUCGGCGGGUGGUGCAUCCAUACGUCUACCUCAGCGGUGAGGUUGCUGCCCACCCAAUUAUCGAAUCUGACAUCAACAGAAUGCAGAAGCACAUCAUCAUACAUUAAAGAUUCCGGAA